CACAACCGAAGCGGCGUCGCGGAGACACGUAACGCACGCUCUCUCUAUUUUCGUCUCGCGGGAUCUGCUCCUUCUGCGCGGACACAGAAGGGGAAGUUUUCGGACACGGAGGACACGGGUCUUGUCGUGGAAGUCUUGGGUGUCCGAAGGAAGAGAGAGAGAGAAAAAAAGGCGUUUCGGAAGGAAUUUUCUUGUGGGGAAGUCAAAGUCGAAGUCAGGAUGUUCCUUGUGGCAGGGGUCCUCGCCCUCCUGCUGUGGCGCGUCCCAGGGGGCGACGCCUCGCCCGUGGUCCUGGUCGACCAGGACGGCGUCGUCAACGCCACCUACGUCCCCUACGCCGUGCUCGCCGCCCUCGGCUACGGCGCCGUCGGUCUUGCAGGCAUCCACGCUUACAACCUGUGGGCUCCCAUCCUCAGGAAGAACGACAUCAGAGGCGCACCAGAUCCCACGCUAGCGUACAGCAACCGGGAGCAGAUGCGAGACUGGCUUCAGAGAGUGGUUGGCAUCGAGCCCGGAAGGUCACCUGUGCUGGAGAAUGUCAGAGGCGCUGUGGAACCUUAUGUCCCCUUCCGAAGACAAGACGAGAGCCAGCCGUCCGACCAGCUCCCCCGCAGAAGAAACGCAGGGACCCCUUCGUCAGGCAGAAGCUCCGGCAGAGACCUGUCGUAAGACGCUGAGGCUUCCUGAAGGUCCAGAUUUGACCUCGAUGACGGAGGGAGGGAAGAGGGAAAGAUAGAUUGUUGCUCUUUAUCUCUACUGGCGUGUUGCAAGAUCUUGUAUGUUUUUUGUUUAGUCUUGAGCUUUUUGUUAGUUUUUCUUUUUUUCCUUGAAGAACCUGCGGGAUUUUUUUAUUGGAUUAAAUUGGAUUUUAAAGGACUCUCUGUAGGAGUCUAAGACAAAAAAAAUGUGUAGGAUCUCGUGGAAUAUCUUGAGAGAUUUUCGAAAGAUGUUGAAGGAUUCUCGCUUGAAUAAAAAAAAAAAUAUUA